GAGAGAGACCCAGAGAUCAGAAAGAGAAAGCCCCGCCCCCACCCCGCCUCUCAAGCUAACCCGCGGGCUUGAGGGGAAGAGGCCACUGCACACUCGUCCCAGUUCUAUGGUGGCCCCACUCUCCCGGCUGCCAUGGGGCCCAGCUCUUCUCUCCUCAUCUUGUUCCUUUUGUCCUGGUCUGGACACCUUCGAGGACAGCAGCACCACCUUGUGGAGUACAUGGAACGCCGGCUAGCUGCCUUAGAGGAACGGCUGGCCCAGUGCCAGGACCAGAGCAGUCGGCAUGCUGCAGAGCUGCGGGACUUCAAGAAUAAGAUGCUGCCGCUGUUGGAGGUGGCAGAGAAGGAGCGGGAGGCACUCAGAACUGAGGCGGACACCAUCGCAGGGAGAGUGGACCGUCUGGAACGGGAAGUUGACUAUCUGGAGACCCAGAACCCAGCUUUGCCCUGUGUAGAGUUUGAUGAGAAGGUGACUGGAGGCCCUGGGACCAAAGGCAAGGGCAGAAGAAAUGAGAAGUACGAUAUGGUGACAGACUGUGGCUACACAAUCUCUCAGGUGAGAUCAAUGAAGAUUCUGAAGCGGUUUGGUGGCCCUGCUGGUCUGUGGACCAAGGAUCCAUUGGGGCCAACAGAGAAGAUCUACGUGUUGGAUGGGACACAGAAUGACACCGCUUUUGUCUUCCCAAGGCUCCGUGACUUCACCCUUGCCAUGGCUGCCCGGAAAGCUUCCCGAGUCCGAGUGCCCUUCCCCUGGGUAGGCACAGGGCAGCUGGUGUAUGGUGGCUUUCUUUAUUAUGCCCGGAGGCCUCCUGGAGGACCUGGAGGAGGCGGAGAGUUGGAGAACACUUUGCAGCUCAUCAAAUUCCACCUUGCAAACCGGACGGUGGUGGACAGCUCAGUAUUCCCAGCAGAGGGGUUGAUCCCCCCAUAUGGCCUGACCACAGACACAUACAUUGACCUGGCAGCCGACGAGGAAGGUCUUUGGGCUGUCUAUGCCACCAGAGAGGAUGACAGGCACUUGUGUCUAGCCAAGUUAGAUCCACAGACAUUGGACACAGAGCAGCAGUGGGACACGCCAUGCCCCAGAGAGAAUGCUGAGGCUGCCUUUGUCAUCUGUGGGACCCUAUAUGUGGUCUAUAAUACCCGCCCUGCCAGUCGGGCCCGCAUCCAGUGCUCCUUUGAUGCUAGCGGCACCCUCACCCCAGAACGGGCAGCACUCCCUUAUUUUCCCCGCAGAUACGGUGCCCAUGCCAGCCUCCGCUAUAACCCCCGAGAGCGCCAGCUUUAUGCCUGGGAUGAUGGCUACCAGAUUGUCUAUAAGCUGGAGAUGAGGCAGAAGGAGGAGGAAGUUUGAGGAGCUAGGCUUGUGUUUGGAAUCUCUCACCUCCAUAUGUUUACACUCCUACUAAAUUUCCUCUCCUCAUCCUUCAAUGCGGGCAAAUUGCAGCUCAAAUCCUCACCAAAUUCUCAUAGCCCUUUAAUUUCAUAUAGAACCCCAGAUCUUGAGUAAUCCUUUUGCAGUAAAGAGUAAAAACCCUCAAUCCUCACUCUACUCUCCUGCCCCGUGUUAACAAAUUUCAGGCUAAAGAUGACUCAGCCCCAGAGCUCCAACCCUUGUAUGGGGGCCACCCCAGGGAGUAGGCAAGUGUGCUCUCACCCUCUGUGUGACUUAGGGGACAGAGGAAUAGGAGGAGACUACCCCUCUCUGCCCUCGCUCCCUGCCCCUCCCAGCAGGGUCCCUUUCUCCACAUCAUUUUGUAUUGCAACAUUUUGCAUUAAAUGGAAAAUACAC